AUGGUCGAAAUGCACCACCAUCGCUCGACACUCAAGCAGCAAAACAAGCCAUUCAAGGCAAAACAUGCGACAAAGUCUGCCCUGAAGGACAUCGCAAAAGGACGCGUGCAGCGUCAGUCACCCAAAAAUGCAUCGGCAGAUAAAACGGACGCCCAGCGGCGCGUGAAUCGGAGAAACACCGCGAAACAGGUCCAAGCCAACAAACGUCAUGCCCUCGUCUCAUCAACACGCAUCUUCAACGGCGUGGAUGGUACACCUCGGAUCGUCGCCGUCAUCCCACUCUCCGAAGACGUCAGCGCAAGAGAUGCAGUUCAAUCACUAGCAAGCUCCCUAGAUGUCGAUGCGUCUGAUUGCCCAGCAAGCGGGCUUUGGCGGAUGCGAGCUGAACGCUUCAGGACCUCUCUCCAGUUCCUCACCCUUCCUUACCAUUCUCUCUACGCUACCCUAGACGCCGCCAAAGCUGCGGACUACGUCCUCUUCGUGCUCUCGCCAACCGUCGAGGUCGACGGCUGGGGCGACACGCUCCUCCGCACGCUGCAGGCCCAGGGCCUCCCCUCCGUGGCGACCACGAUGGCGGCGGACGCCGAGAUGGACCCCAAGGAGCGCAGCGGGACGCUCAAGUCGCUUCUGUCGUUCAUCCAGUACUUUGUGCCCAGCCAGACGCGCGUGCACGAUCUGCACGCGAGCGCGGACAGGCUCAAUGCGUUGCGCGCGUUCGCGGAGGGCGCGCCAGCGCCUGUGAGGUGGAGAGAUGGGCGGCCGUGGGUGCUGGGCGAAGAUGUGCGGGCGGAUGACAGCGCGGAGGGAGGGAGCACGCGGGUCGCGGUGACGGGGUAUGUACGCGGGGCGCCGCUCUCAGCCAAUAGACUCGUGCAUAUACCCGAAUAUGGGGAUUUCCCGAUAUCCAAGAUCAUGUCAGCCCCUCUGCCACGGCAAUCGCACUCCGGCGCCGGGAUGGAUGUCGAGCCGGCACUUCUCUCGGAACGUGUGCCUUCUGAUGCCGACUCGAUGGUAUCAAGUAACAUGCCAGACGACCUGGCAAACGAGCAGACGUGGCCGACCGAAGAGGAGAUGGCCAGCGCACCUGCUGGGCAGCAAGCCUCGGGAGAAAUCCCGGAUGCCCAUUCGGGGACUACACCCCGGACAAUCAAGCGCGUGCCGAAGGGCAUGAGCGAGUACCAGGCGUCGUGGGUCGUGGAUGAUGAUGGGGAUGAAGACUAUGAAGACGAGGAUGACGACGAAGACGGCGCAGCGAUAGAGGGCGAGGAAGAGGAGGAAGAGGAGAUGGUCGAUAUGCCAGUCGAGGAAGAUGAGAUGGAGUCCGUCGUGGGGACCCGCAAGAGCGUCGCGUUUGAAGAUCUUGACAUGGACGAGGAGCAGGAACAACUUCACACCUGGAAAUCCCGCGCCCGCGAAGAAGCCGACGACAAGCAAUUCCCUGAUGAGCUCGACACGCCGCAGGACGUCCCCGCCCGGGCGCGCUUCGCGCGGUUCCGCGGCAUGCGCUCGCUGCGCACGUCGCCGUGGGACCCGUACGAGAAUCUGCCGCGCGACUAUGCGAAGCUGUUCGCGUUCGAAGACUAUCGCGGCACAGAGCGCGACGUGCGCGCGCGUGUCGCUCGCGAGUUGGGCGCAGUGCAGCCCGGAGCGAGGGUCACGGUAUAUAUCGAUGUCGGUUCGGCGGAGGCUGCCGCGGAGAUCGUCAAGCAUGGGCAGGGAUCGGCACCAUCCGUGGUGUUUGGGCUGUUACCGCAUGAGAGGAAGAAGACGGUGUUGCACUUCACGGUGCAGCGGAAUACGGAGUAUGAAGGGAGCGUUAAGUCUAAGGACCCGCUUAUCCUCUGCGUCGGGCCACGUCGCAUGCGUGUCAAGCCCGUAUACAGCCAGCAUACGCGCGGAGGCGGUAAAGGCGCGAACAACGUGCAUAAGUUCGAGCGCUUCCUCCGGCACGGCACGACGAGCGUCGCGAGCGUGUACGGCCCCGCCGUGUUCGGCAAGCAACCGUGCGCCUUGCUCAGGGAAUCGGACGCUGACGCACAGGCCCCCGAGCUGGUAGCGAUGGGCGCAUUCAUGAACUCGGACACGACGCGGGUGAUGGCGAAGCGGAUCGUGCUAACGGGCCACCCGUUCAAAGUGCACAAGAAGACCGCGACGGUGCGGUACAUGUUCUUCAGCGCUGACGACGUCCUGUACUUCAAGCCCAUCCAGCUGCACACCAAGCACGGGCGCACGGGCCACAUCCGCGAGUCGCUCGGCACGCACGGGUACUUCAAGGCGCACUUUGACGGGCCCGUCAGCCAGAUGGACACGGUCUGCAUGGCGCUCUACAAGCGCGUCUUCCCGCGCUGGUCCGAGCUCUGGCGCGGGGGCGGGGGCGGCGCCGGAAACUCUAGCGUAGGCACGGGGGCGAGCGCCGCAGACGCGAUGAUGGAGGAGUGA